AUGUUAAAAUUUAUUAAAAAAAACCCUUUAAUAAAAAUUUUAAUUUCUACUUUUAUUAACCUCCCAACUCCAUCAAAUAUCUCAACAUUAUGAAAUUUUGGUAGCUUAUUAGGAUUAUGUUUAAUAAUCCAAAUUAUUACAGGAAUUUUUUUAGCAAUACACUACUGUCCCAGAACUACCUUAGCAUUCAAUAGAAUUAUCCAUAUUUGUCGAGAUGUAAAUUUUGGAUGAUUAAUUCGAACACUACAUGCUAAUGGGGCUUCAUUUUUUUUUAUUUGUUUAUAUAUUCAUAUUGGUCGAGGAAUUUAUUAUAGAUCCUAUAAUUUAAAAGAAACUUGAUUAACCGGAGUAACUAUUUUCUUUUUCACUAUAGCUACUGCCUUUCUAGGAUAUGUAUUACCUUGAGGGCAAAUAUCAUUCUGAGGUGCUACCGUAAUUACUAAUCUUCUUUCUGCUAUUCCCUACUUAGGAAAUUCUAUUGUACAAUGAAUCUGAGGGGGCUUCGCAGUAGAAAAUGCUACUCUAAACCGAUUCUUUACAUUUCAUUUCCUUUUACCUUUUAUUAUUACUGCCUUAGUAAUAAUUCAUUUAUUUUUCCUUCAUCAAACUGGUUCAAACAAUCCCUUAGGAUUGAAUAGAAAUAUUGAUAAAGUUCCUUUUUAUCCUUAUUUUAUCUUAAAAGAUUUAGUUGGAUUCCUUAUUAUAAUAAUAGCUUUAACUUUACUAUCUUUAACAAACCCCUAUCUUUUAAGUGACCCAGAUAAUUUUAUUCCUGCUAAUCCUCUAGUUACCCCCGCUCAUAUUCAACCUGAAUGAUAUUUUCUUUUUGCUUAUGCUAUUCUUCGCUCAAUCCCUAAUAAAUUAGGGGGCGUAUUAGCCCUAAUUCUUAGAAUUAGUAUCUUAUACAUUAUACCUUUUAUUAAUAAAAAAAAAUUCUUAAGAACAAGAUUUUAUCCAAUAAAUAAAUAUUUAUUUUGAAGAUUCUUUACUACCAUCAUCCUCUUAACUUGAAUUGGAGCUCGACCUGUUGAAGACCCUUUUAUUUUUACAGGACAAAUACUAACUAUUAUAUACUUCAUCUAUUACAUUAUAAACCCAUUAACUCAUAAAAUUUGAGAUAAAAUUAUUUUUUUUCAUUAA